UGAGGAUGAAGACAUAAAGAGAAAAAGAAAGAGAGGCAAAAGACCAAACCAAAGAGGAUCCAGAGGGCAUAAUGACAGUGAAGAAGACAUUAGUGAUGAGGAAUCAACAAUUCAAGUCAAGAGAAAAGGAAGAAACAGAUCUAAAAUGAGAAAAAAAGAUGACAGCGACGAUGAUGACGACGAUGAUGAUGAAAGUGGUAAAAAUAAGAGAAAUGUCAAUAGAAAUAGAGGGAGGAAUACAGGCAACAGAGGACAAAGGGAAGCAAAGAAAACAGGAAAGAAGAAUGAGCAGAAGAAAGAUGCCCAGAAAAAGAAAAAAAGCAGCAGCGAUUCUUCAUCCACUUCUUCUGAUGAAGAAUCUCUGAAUGAAGAGGAAAUGGCAAAAUUGAUGGAAAAUGUGGAGGAAAAGAAGAAACUGAUAUCUACCAUUAGAAACAAACCAUGGCGUAUGAAGAAAAAGCUCUUAGUCUUAAGGGAUGCUCAGAAGUUUGUGGAGAAGUUUGAAGGGGCUUUGGGAAAGGGGAAAGGAAAAAAAUUCUAUGCAUAUAAAGUAAUGAUGUUAAAGAAAUGGAUCAAAUUUAAAAGGGAUUUUGAGAAUUUUAAAACGGCCUGUAUACCUUGGGAGAUGAAGAUUAAAGAAGUGGAAAGUCAUUUUGGUUCAUCUGUUGCUUCAUACUUUAUUUUCUUGAGGUGGAUGUACGGGGUAAAUCUGGUGCUCUUUGGCCUAAUUUUUGGACUUGUUGUAAUACCAGAGAUAUUAAUGGGCUUGCCAUAUGGGAGUUUGCCACGAAAGACUGUGCCUAGGAAUGAAGAGAAAACAGCCAUGGAUUUCUCGGUGCUUUGGGAUUUUGAGGGUUAUGCCAAAUAUUCUGUCCUGUUUUAUGGCUAUUACAACGACCAGCGCACAAUCGGCUGGUUAAAAUUCAGACUGCCAUUGUCAUAUUUUAUGGUCGGGGUUGGUGUGUUUGGAUACAGCCUAAUGGUUGUCAUUAGAACCAUGGCAAGCAAUGCUAACGAAAACACAAAUGAUGGGGAUGAUGGAAAUUUCAAUUUCAGCUUUAAAAUGUUUACGAGUUGGGAUUAUCUGAUUGGAAACCCAGAAACUGCAGACAACAAAUUUGCAUCAAUAACAACAAGCUUUAAGGAAUCCAUUGUAGAUGAGGAAGAAAGUAACAAAGAUGAAAAUAUCCAUCUAACUAGAUUUCUUCGGGUCCUGGCCAAUGUCAUGAUAACAUGCUGCUUGUGUGGGAGUGGUUAUCUCAUCUACUUUGUGGUGAAACGUUCACAGACAUUUUCCAAAAUGCAGAAUGUGGGAUGGUAUGAAAGAAACGAGGUUGAGAUAGUGAUGUCCUUGCUGGGAAUGUUUUGCCCUCCAUUAUUUGAAACAAUUGCAAACUUAGAAGAUUAUCACCCACGUGUGGCACUUAAGUGGCAACUGGGAAGAAUCUUUGCUCUGUUCCUUGGUAAUCUAUACACUUUCCUACUUGCUUUGAUGGAUGAUGUCAAUGAGAAGCUUGCUCAGGAAGAUGUUAUAAAGAAUAUUACAUACUGGACGCUGUACAACCACUAUAACUCAUCUACCUUUCUUAAUGAUACUGACACCACCCCACCUCCACUGCAUCCAGCUGAUGUACCUCGAGGGCCAUGCUGGGAGACCAACGUUGGAGUUGAAUUUGUGAGGCUGACUGUGUCUGACAUACUAGUCACAUAUGUCACUAUCCUGGUUGGAGAUUUUCUCCGAGCAUGUUUUGUACGAUUUAUGAAUUACUGCUGGUGCUGGGAUUUGGAAGCUGGAUUUCCUUCCUAUGCAGAAUUUGACAUCAGUGGCAAUGUGUUAGGGCUGGUCUUCAAUCAAGGGAUGAUAUGGAUGGGUUCAUUCUAUGCUCCUGGAUUAAUUGGAAUUAAUGUCCUCCGUUUACUAACCUCCAUGUAUUUCCAGUGCUGGGCAGUCAUGAGCAGUAAUGUUCCACAUGAACGUGUCUUUAAAGCAUCGAAAUCAAAUAACUUUUACAUGGGUUUACUUUUGCUUAUUCUCUUUCUGAGUUUACUGCCUGUUGCCUACACAAUCAUGUCUCUUCCACCAUCAUUUGACUGCGGACCAUUCAGUGGGAAGAACAGAAUGUUUGAUGUUAUUCAAGAAACAAUGCAAAACGAUUUCCCUCCGUUUGUUGGAAAAAUUAUAAGUUCUAUUGCAAACCCUGGGCUAAUUAUUCCAGCUAUUCUUCUUAUGGUAUUAGCCAUUUAUUACCUCAAUGCAGUUUCCAAAGCUUAUCAACAGGCCAACAUAGACUUGAAGAAAAAAAUGCACAUGCAAAGAGAAGAGGAGAAAAAUAAAAGAAACAAUAAUACUCAGGCAAACUCAGUAAUGAGAGACCUUGAAGAGUUAUUGCCUCCAAGCGCAAGGAAUGCUUUGAAACUUCAGUCAGCUGCAAAUGAGAACCAGAGCAGUGGAACUACCAGUAAUGCACCAAACAAUGCAAAGAGGGAGGCCUCUGCAAUACAGGCUCCACGCAUAGCAAUAACAAGUCCUCCUGCACCUAGACCAGGAGGAACACCUGUGGGUCGCCCACAUCCUAAGCACUAA